AAAGAUUGCAGAGUGUGUUUUGGUUUUUUUUGUCUUCUUGUACCUUGCGUGAUUUAGACCUGUUAUGGACGGCUACCUCCUGAAUCUUUUCAUAUUCUUCAUAUUCUUUGCAGUGCUUAGUUGACAAAUUCGAGUUGCUUUUAAUGGCAAGUGAUUUCCGACCAAGUUUGCAGGUUGCUGUCUCUUUUCAAAGCCAAACCACCUCCACCUGAGUGAGGGUAAUCCACGUCUUGCCCUUCAACCUGACGUAGAUUGCGUGGCUGUUUUGUCCCCUGACGCUGUUUGCUCACUCAUUUUUAGGCAGCCACACCAGCUUAUCUUGUGGUGCACUCACUGUGCAUGUCUAUUUGCUUGUUUUGCAUACGUGCUGUAGUCUAUCCUGUUAGGGUCCAUGAUUGGAUUCUCAAGAUGUGUUUUUGGCAAAAAGAGUGACAUACUUGAUAACUUCAGCUUGCACAUGAUUUAAACAAGAAUUGAGAUAGAAUCAUAAAUGAUACGUACCGCACACUUCCAGAUGGUGGUAGUAUUUCUCCUAACUGCUGUCCACUUCACCAUCCCUAAAUAAUCCCAACAUUUCAAUGGGUAUAUUUUUAGAUUUUCCUAAUAAAUAGGACAUUUUCUCCUCUAGUAACAUAAAGUAAGAGAUGAUUGUUUGAACCUCAAAAAGAGUCUUUAAAUGACAUACACACUUCUGAAAGACUUUAGUGAAGGUGCAAAGGGAGGAGACGAAGUGUGACAGUUCAUCUUGAGCACAGGAGAAAUUGCACCGAGCAGGUCAGGUAAUUAUGGUGGAUAUUCACACAGUAAGCUCAGCUACAGUCCUGUAGACACAAAACGAUCCGUUUCUGAAGUGUUAGCCAUUCUUACAUUAUGAUAGCCAUUUUAAUUCAGUCAGGUUAAACAGACCAUCUGAAGAUGGGAGGAAAAUAAAGAGUGAGUGGGAUAAACCUGUGGUAAUGACAAGUGGAUUUAAGUGAUUGUGCAGCCAAAUGGCAUUCAAUGCAGGUUUUUGUGGAACAAAAGUAUGGCUGCCGUUGAUGGUGAGACUCCUGGGAUUGGGAUCAGUAAAGUCGUCUCCAUGUCAGAGGUCAAUUGAGAUAGGAAUGAGGAGGUAAACUGAAGUUUGGGGUGAACAGAAAGGAGUAAGAAACAUCCAGAGAAAAGGAAGAAGAGUAAAAAAAGAGAGUGAUGUAGAGUCCAGAGCAGUGGGCAGGGGGAAGAGUGGCCUCUCCUAAAUUGAUGGGGUUCAUUCAGUCUGGCCCACUCAGGAUGUAGUUUAGUCUGCUAAUAUCUUUAAUGACAGUUAAACGUGGCUCCAUAUGUGUUUGUGCUAAAUGCGCAUUUCUGUGAGUUUGACUGGAGUUAGGGUUAGGGUUAGGCAGAGUCUCUUUAAAAUGGUGUCCUUAAUUUAGGCUGAAUUCAACUUUGGCAUUUUACUGUUGCUUUGACAAAUACUGCCAUUACAGAACUGCUGAAAGUGAUUUUUAAAACAACAUACAUUUUGUAAUCUCCCCCCUUGUUGUCUUUCUCUUGAUCAGCUGGUCAUUGUCUCCUUACCCAAGUAGGUUUCCACGCCAGCUCUACUGAGAUGAUCUUAGGUUCACAUGGAGGGUUCACAGCAUUAUAAGUCUCUCCUAAUAAAGUUGCUCAUAUUUUAGUGUUUAGUUACCCCUGAAAUGUGCUCAAGUUGUUCUUGACAUUUUUAUUUUGACAGAUAUAAAGGAUCUAUAUAAUAUAUAUAUAAUUGGUUCCCGAGGCUAUGCAGUGAGGUGUCUAAUGGCCUUCAGAAAAGGACAGUCCUUGUAAGAAGUGAGUCUUAGAAGAGAAGAGCAGGCAGCUGAAGAGAGAGAAAAAGAUUUGCAACAGGCAUGGACGGACAACAGACUCACAUUAAGCAAGAGGAUUGUGAGUGGGGUGCCUUAGCAGAUUUGUGUGUGAAGUCGGAGGAAGGAAGAAUUCCAGUUUUUAAGGAGGAGGAGGAGGAGGAGUCCAAGGAAAAGGUUUUUGAAAUAAAAGUUGAGGAAUCGGAAGAGUUUUCAGUUACUCCCGGACUGCACAAGCAUGAAACUGGAAAUGUUUUCAGACAAGAAUUUUGUGAAGAGUCUCCUUCCAGUUUUCAUCGCAGGUUCAAUAACGCUGGACAAAUGGCUACCCGGCAGAAUUCCGUGGAACUGAAAUCUGAGUUAUUUGAAUCUGAAGAGAAAAUAAAUGAAGGCAACGAGACAGAAACAGAAGAGCAGCAGUUAUCUAGGAGUUUUGGAAAAAAUUCACAGAAGAAUGGCAUCUUGUCUCCAUCUUCAUUUGCUCAGCCCUAUCUUCAGUGCAGUCUGCUAUGCAAACAGAACCAGGAGCAGCUGAAGAAAUCUUCAAGUGAAUCAGAGAAUUUAAUGCCAUCCUCUUUGCAGAUUGGGUCUCUUCCUAUUGUCAGACUAAGAAGAAUAAAAGCCAUCAGUUCUAAUCAACAACUGGAGAGAGACACCAUCCAUACUGUAGAGAAACUCUGUUGCUGCUUUGAGUGUGGGAAACGAUUUCCUGACCGUAGUGCUCUUCGAAAGCACACACACAUUCAUACAGGUGAGAAGCCAUUUGGCUGUUCAGAAUGUGGUAAGCAAUUCUCUGGCAGUAGUGCUCUUCGAAAGCACACACACAUUCAUACAGGAGAGAAGCCGUUUAGCUGUUCUGAAUGCGGUAAAAAAUUCUCAUACCCCAGUGGUCUUUGGAGUCACACAAGAAUUCACACUGGAGAAAAACCUUAUUACUGUACUGAAUGUGGCAAACAAUUCUCUGACAAUAGUGCUCUUCGAAAGCACACACGCAUUCAUACAGGAGAGAAACUCUAUUGUUGUUCUGAAUGUGGCAAAGGAUUUUCUGACAGCAGUGGUCUUCGAAGGCACACACACAUUUAUGGAGGAGAGAAGCCAUUUAGCUGUUCUGAAUGUGGUAAGCGAUUCUUACACCCAAGCUGUCUUCAAAAACAUUCAAGAAUCCACACUGGAGAGAAACCUUAUUGCUGUUCUGAAUGUGGGAAACGAUUCUCUGCUUCUAGCACUCUUCGAAAGCACAAACAUAUUCAUACAGGAGAAAAGCCAUUUGGCUGUUCUGAAUGUGGUAAACGAUUCUCUUGCAGUGGCUCUCUUCACAAGCACAAAUGUAUACACAAUGGUGAGAAACCCCAUUUCUGUCUGGAAUGUGGUAAGCAAUUUUCAAACCUAGACAGUCUUUGGAGUAACACAAGAAUCCACACUGGAGAGAAAACAUAUCAUUGUUCAGAAUGUGUCAAAGGAAUUUCUGACAAUCGGUCUUUUCAACAAUACACACAAACUCAAACCAGAUUAAUGUCAUAUUCCUGUUCUGAAUGUGGUAAACGAUUUUCACGAGAAAGCUUUUUACGAAACCACACACGAAUUCACACAGGGGAAACACCUUAUUGCUGUUCUGAAUGUGGUAAACAAUUCUCGCAACCAAGCUAUUUACGAAGCCACAAACGAAUCCACAGUGGGGAAAAACCUUUUUGCUGUUCUGAAUGUGGGAAAAAAUUUCUUAAAAACUGCAUUCUUCAGAAACACAUGCUAAUUCACACUGGAGAGAAACCCCAUUGCUGCUCAGAAUGUGGUAAGCGCUUCCUAGAACUAAGUAGUCUUCGGAAGCACACACGAAUUCAUACUGGAGAGAAGCCAUAUUGCUGUUUUGAAUGUGGUAAACGAUUCUCUGAUAGUGCCACUCUUAGAAAGCACAAGCAAAUUCAUAUUGGAGAGAAGCCAUUUUGCUGCUCUGAAUGUGGUAAAAGAUUCCUACAUUUAUACAAUCUUAACAGCCACAAACGAGUCCACACUGGAGAGAAACCUUAUUGCUGUGCUGAAUGUGGGAAACGAUUCUCUGGCAACAGUGCUCUUCGAAAGCACACAUGCAUACAUUGAGGAUAGAAGCCAUUUGGCUUUUCUGGAUGUGAAAAAGGAUUACUCAAAAACAACUGUCUUCAUAAGCACAUAAAAAAAAAUAUACUGGAGAGACGUCCCAUUGUGGUGUUGAAUGUGCAAAAUAAUUUGUACAAAUAAACUUUUUUUUCAGAGCUACAAAAGAAUCCACACUGGGGACAAUUCUUGAAAGUCAAAGAGAGUGAGUGAAGUGAAAAUGUUAUACUGCAUCAUACUCAAGUCUUGAUUUUUGCAUUCAUGUGGUGGGCUUUGUAGUACAAGAUCUAUAACAAGUCUCAUCAUGGUGAAACUACUCUCACAGGUAAAAUUGGACCCAAAAAAGUCGGCCAUACUGGCUGCAUGUCUCUUUGGAUAAAAAGGUGCCCAAUUUUACCUCUGCAUUAGUGUAAGACAGGGGUCCUCAAUCACGGUCCUGGAGGGCCGCAGUGGCUGCAGCUUUUCCUUCCAGUCAGUUUCCUAAUUAGAAGAUGGUCCUUGCUGAUAAUGAAACUUGGUAUUUAACUAUUUGGCUUGUUAGUGUGUUCAUUCAGCCUAGUUUCUUUCUCUGAGAACAUUAGCCAUGUGUUUUGUGGACCAGAAUAGAUUUAAAUUUAGCGGUCCUUUCAAUUCCCCUCUAAUUUAUUUCUAAACAUUCUUAUCACAGAUACUUCAUACUUCAGAUACUACUUUAUCUGGAGAGCUGCUGGUUUAUUGGUUCUCUACAUUUCAUUAUUAAGUGAUGUCUGGGUAAUUAAAAAGGCAACAAUUCAAACUUAAAUGUAGCUGCUAAAAACUAAAACAGGCAAUUAAGGCUUGUGAAUUGUAACAGGCCAAAUAACUAAAAUUCAUCCUCCCCGCUAUAUCCUAACUACAGGGUCACGGGGUAACUAAAAUCCCAAGAACUGUAUUGCUUUAGUGGUAAAUAAAUGGGCUCUAAUUAAGAAAAUGGUUGAAGUGAAAACCUGCAGCCACUGCAGACCUCCAGAACUGUAAUUGAGGACCUCUGAUCAACAACGUAACUAAAAUUUAUCUUUGAUGAAUGAAAGCGCUAACAAGGCAUAGAGUUAAAUAGCAAGUUUCUUUAUCCGCAAGGUCUGAGUUCCAAUUGGGAAAACUGGGUGGAAUGAAACCCUGUAGCCACUGCGGUGCUCCGGGACUGUGAUUGAGGACCCCUGGUGUAAGGGGUGGUGGUAGUGAUAGUGUGACAUCUUUAAAAAAAAAAAAAAAAAUUGGUGUCAGUCCAGAUGGGCACUGCUACUGGUCACAGGACAGUGGAACAGAACAAACCACACAAGCAUAACGUGUGAAAGAAAUUAAGAGCAACAGAUAGCAGUGUGGUACUGCUACUUUUAUGUGGUAAACGAAGCAUGACUUGAAAAUAAAUAAACCUUUGGCAUAUAUAAAGAAAUCCUUGCCAUAAAUAAAAAAAAAAACUCUGUAGAGAAAGUAAAUAAAAUAUAUUUAUUCAUGCCAAAGAUUCUUUUUAUAUAUUUAUUAACAGAUUUUAGUAUCUCUAUGUUAAUGAGGUGGACAGCUCUAACUUAUUUUCUAAAGCUCUAUUAGUCAGGGAAGCAAAGCAGCCAUAAGCAACAGUAGCUGACUGACUAGUUCUCUUCACUUCUCUCUAUUCACUUCCACAAGGCAAACACUCACCAUGGUGCCAAGGGAAGGGGCUGAGCAGCUGGAACACUGUGGGACAGUGCCAGUGUACCUGAGCUAGUAGCACACUAGCUGCCGGUCAAGCCCAGACUAUGUGCUGUGGUACAGUUGUGCUUGACAGUUUGUGGUACAGUUGUGCUUGACAGUUAAACAAAUGAGACUAAAA